GCAAUACAUAUAGGGGUCAACGAGUUAGCUGAACAAUGUUCAAAGCAGCAGAAAAGUGUCACGCUGACAUAAGAGUAUCCAUGUUUCAGCAACACAGAAAUGAGGGCCACAUUAAGCAAAGUGAGGCAGUAGAGACAGUGGGAAGAAGGAGACCCGGACAAUGGCUGUACAGAAUUCAGAGAAAAGUAGGCCAGGUGUGAUGACAAGCUAUGGAAGAGAAGAUGAGAGGGCAUGAUGGGGCACAGGACUAAACAGCAGCUACGCUAUUUCACAUGGGAAAGCACAGUACAGGAAGGUGUACAUUUGUAAACUGGAAAAAAAACUUGACAACACAUUUUUUACUGUCCAAAAUAUGAUGCCGAGAGCAGUGUGACCUACAUGGUCAUUACAAAGAAGCAAUGGUGAUAAACGUUGUGGCCUAGUAUGUUUUGUUUCUAUAUCUCAGAAGAAUUUGAUAGACUAUAACUGUUUUCUUGAGCUGUUAUAAGCACAAGAUUAGAUUCCCGCUCCACACACUCCAUUCCAGCUGGUGGCGGUAAUGCAGUUGUAGCAGAUGUAAUUAAUCGCUUAUAUAUAUAUUUCACCGAAUCCAUUCUCUGCCGUCAGGUUUGUCAUGCAAACUGUUUAAGAUCCUCCCUUUCUUGUUUUUUGAGCCUCUAUUUUGUUAAGUUUUAUUUCUGUGAUGUAAUUUCCUGUGCGCGAUGUCACUUCCUGUUAAUUCGCGCCGCUCUCGUCAGUCGGCUAGAUGCCGCGACGAGGAGAGUUUGCACUGUGUAUGUGGAGCCUGGCAAAGCGAGCUGCUGUAUGUUUCAUUUCCUUUUUGCACAGAAUAAAGUCCUGUGUUGGGUAAUAUGAUGGCAGUGGUCCUCCUUUCAAGUUGAAGACACAACGCAGAGUCCCAGAAAGUUUACUGGUGCCCUGACAGGCGGGCUACACAGUGGUACGUUGCUCUCCAACCUCUUUACGAAGAAGAGGCAACUGAAGGAUCUCAUCAACUAGUUGUGGUCAGAGCUCCUCUUUUGACGGGUCGUCAGCGAAGGAUGUCGAGACUCCAGGGUCUGAAGGUUUUCAUCCAGCAGCGGCUGACUGCGGCUGUGGACGAGGUAGUGGGGUAUUUAGAGAGAACAAUAACCGAGUAUGAGGAGAUGGAGUGCCGCCACCGCGAGCUGCUGGAUGCCCGUCCAGAACCUGGCGACAGGCUGCACACUGCAGUUUUUUCUGCAGAUGUCCAACAGCAGUUUAUGAUUAAAGAAGAGGUUUUCCCUGAGCAGCAGGGGAAGAGCCCCUGCCUGGACCAGGUGGACCCAGAGGGCCCACAUAUCAAAGAGGAAACACAAGAUUUCAGGAUUGGUCAGGAGGCCAGGAGUCAGCUGCAAGGACCGCAUGAGGAGGAUAUCUCCAAGUUCCCAUUCAGUCAUGUCCAUAUGAAGACUGAUGACAGUAAAGAGACAGCUGACUCCACACAGCUUCAGCAAAGACAAACUAAGGACAGCAGCACCUCAACAGAGCAGAUGAAACCAGAAGCUGAUGGAGAGGGCUGUGGAGGACCAGAACCAGACAAGACCUUGGGAUCUGGUUUUAAAUGUCCACCUGAAUCUGAUUACAAGAUGUCACAUUGUUCUGAAGAAGACACUGGAGACAGCUGUGAUUGGAAGGAGCUCAGUAAUCCUCAAACUGAUGUAAAUACUAUGAAAAAUGCAGUUACUCUAAAUGAUACAGGAGGUAAUAGUGGCAGUAAAUCAUUUAGCUGCUCAAAAUGUGGUAAAAGAUUUGGCCAGAAGCACCACCUGCAGACACACAUGAGAUGCCAUACUGGAGAGAAACCUUUCAGUUGUUCUCUUUGUGGUAAACGAUUUACUCAGAAGGGAAACCUGACCCAGCACCUGACUAUCCACACACGGGAGAAGCCAUGUAAUUGUCCUGUUUGUGGAGAAAGAUUUGCACAGAAAGGCAAUCUGACUCAACACAUGACAGUCCACACAAGGGAGAAACUUUGUUGGUGAAGGGAUUCUGAGAAAACAGAAUUGCAUCUAUGGCAAAAGAUUCAGUCACAGUUGCACAUCAGAAACCUAAAGCCUAGGGUUGCCCCUUUCAGUGUGGAGAAAAA